AUGAAGCGCUUCGGCCUUUUUGCACUAAGUCAGGCUCUGCUUGCACUGGCUGCCUCCCUUGACACAGAGCUCACCGCGCGCCAACAAGGCAAUAGCUUCGCAGGCGUCAACUCCUUCUUCCUCCAUGCAUUCAAACAACAGGACAGGUUAGAUGUCCUGGACGCCAUCCAGGGUGCAAAUAUGAAGGUGCUACGAAUCUUCAUUUCACCAACUGGCCAGAACUUCAAAAACACUGGUUCUGUUUCAAUGCCUGACAUUGAGCCAAAGACUGUCGGCGUAUGGGACGACACUCAGCUCAAGGCCAUAGAUCAACUCAUGGUCGAAGCUCAAGCCCGAGGCAUCAAGCUCACCAUUGCUAUCCAUGACCGCUACCAGCUCGGCUGCUGGGGAAGCGAUGCCUACGUAUCGAAGUAUAAGCUGCCUGCCGUGGACUGCAACACUGAACCAGCUAGUGCCAACAAUGUCGAAUUCUGGUAUUCGGACAAAAACUGUAUUUCCGAUUUCCAGAAUCGCAUUCGUCACGUACUUGAACACAAGAACACACUGAUUAGCGGAAGCCCAGCCUGGAAAGAUCUAAGCAGCCACAUAUUCUCGUUCAAUAUCCAAAACGAAGGCCAGGGCCAUUUAAACAAUAAUAUUCCGCCUCAUCCGUCGUGGUGGUGCGAUCGAGCUGGCUUUAUGCGGGGCAUUAUGGGUAGCAGUAAAGUUUUGAUCUCCACUGGUGGCGGAAACGAGUUCCCAAAUUCAGACGUUGCAGAGAACUGGGCAUGUACGGCUUUGGAUCUUGUCACCAUCCAUUCUUACAUGGGCGUCAAUGAGUUCAAGAAUAAGGGUCCUGUCGCGCUGCAGCACGCAAAAAGCGCCAACAAGCUCAUGUUGUUUGAAGAGUUCGGUGCCGCGGGUGUUAGCAAGCCUACCACCAUUAGUCAGCAUAUUGAUGUCUUCAAUGGUCUGGGUGUACCAUGGAUGCCUUGGCAGAUCAGCAAGCCUGGUAACAAGGCUAAGGAUUAUGAGUUUUGGACUGACGAGCCUACCUUUGACGUCGUUAAGGAUGGCUCAAAUAAUGCACUAGCAAAGAACGCUGCACAAGGAUGGUCUAUUUAG